AUGGUAGUUGUUGACUUAGAAUAAGCCUUUUCUAAUCAAGAAUAUUAUGUUCACAACUGGCCUCCAGUUCAGAACUAGGAUUUGUAUGAGAAAAUUGAAGAUUCAAUUUAAUAAAAAGAAGAAACUCCUACUCCAUAAAUAUCUUAAGAUAUAUUUUAAUAGAUUUAUUAAGAAUUUGAUGAAUUUCUUCAAAAUUUAGAAACAUAAAGCAUAGAUAAUGGUUAAUCUAAUUUUUACAAUGACUAUAAAAAUCUUGCAAAAGUAGAACAGUUAAAAUCUUUUCUUUAAGUUGAAUUGGAAAAAGAUUAGAAAUUCAAUUAGUUAUCUAACGAUUUUUUGGAUUUUUUGACAAAAAUUAAUAACGAUUCUUCUCUUGAAAAGGAGUUAGAAAGCAAGUUAAAUUAAGUUACCUAAAAGAAGGUGGAAAAAAAUCCAUUUGGACAACUUGAGGAAUCUUUUAAAAUACUAAUCUAAGACUAUUAACAACUUGCUGAUAAUUAAUAAUUAUUGCAAAAGUUGGAAAUUUAGGAAAAAAAUGAAAAUAUUAAUACUAAACAAAAUGAUGACAAGACUUUCUAAGUUUCAAAAAACAUGGUUUAAUAUGAUCCAUCUUAAUUAGGUAUUUAUUUAAAGAGUUCAUUAAUAAAGAAUAAAAAACAAGCAAGAUAAUCUAAAAAAGUUAUCUAACUAGAUUAAAAUAAAUAAGAAUUUGUUGAUUAUAUCAAUCUAAAUUUUAGAUAUAAGAAAUUCUAGAAUAUAUAAGCAAAUUUUUAAUUCUAUGAUCAUCCUUUUGAGCUAUAAUUUAAGGAUUCAAAGAAUGAUCAAUUUGAAACAAAAUGUGAUUAAUGCUCUAGUCCUACAUUUAACUAUUACUGGAUGUGCAACUAGGAGUGUAAGCAUACAAUUUGUGUUGAUUGUGCAUAUUAAGUACCUGAGUAUCUAAACUACUUCGAAAAUUUAGGUAAGUGCUAAAUAUAAAUUGAAUCACAUCGUCAUCAAUUAUAAUUAUAAAAGCAUAACGAAUUCUAUGAAUAAUAAUGUAAUAUUUGUGAAAGGUUACUUUUAAGAUUCAGCUUUUCAUGCCAGCCUUGUAAUUUCUUUGUAUGCCAAACUUGUACAUCAAUACAUAAAGAAGUAAAAACAAGUAAAUCAUAUGCUGCGGAAAUUAAAAAAAAUAAUUUCGAUUUCUUUGUUCAAAAAGGUAAAGAGAUAUAUCUUGAGCAAGAAGAAAUAAUGUCUUGA